GUUAGGUUAUCCAAGUCACUCUGUGCACGGGCCACAUCAGCCCAAAGAAGAAACCUCCCCAGCAUCAAAUCCCCAUCCCAAUAUUAAUCAAUCAAUCAAUCAAACAUCCUCUCUACCCCUCGAAAUUCGCAACCGUCUAUUCCAAAAUGAUUCAAACUCGUAUGCUCUCAAAAGAAGAUGAAGCCCGCGGCGAGGACAACGAAGUCCGCCGCGAGGACCAAGAAAAAAUCAACCGCUUCAGUCGCCUCCACCAACGGGAAAUUGUGUUGGAAGAGCAAUUGAAACUGAAGCAGUUAGCAGUAUCAACUGAUAUGAGAAAUCAAAAACAGAAAGACAAAGAAGAUCUCGAAGAAAUCUCCACAGAGCUUGAACUCGCAGAUGAAGAUGAUCUCGUUCCCUACAAGAUCGGUGACUCCUUCUUCCACCUUCCCCUGGAAGAAGCCCAGUCCCUCCUCGCCACCUCCACCGAGCAAAUCGACGCCGAGGUGAGCAAGCUGGAGGAGAAACUGGGCGACCUGCGCGAGGAGCUGCAGCAACUCAAGGUCGCCCUGUAUGCGCGCUUCGGCCGGAGUAUCAACCUAGAAACCUAGGUUCCCUGCCUUCUCAGGCCUAGUUCUUGUACCUAACCCACCUUUGGUUCGCUUGUCAUCCUACUUUUUUCUUUUCUUGCUUUGCUUUCUUUAAUGAAGACUAUUUUUCGGAUGCGGGGAGAAAUAUCACGUUGCUAGUACUGUAAAUGGUGGGGGGCGUGGGGUAUGGUAGCGAAGAUGGUAUUGUUGUUGUGAUUCA